UCCACCCAAGGUUUCCCACCAUCUGAUCUCGCGUCAGGAACUCCGUCCGUCGGAGCUUUUGCGGUGUAAUGGACACGCAAGGCUUGUCCGCGAUCUGCGCCGGCCUCGGCGUCGUCGAAGAGGACGACGACGGCAAUCGCGUCGGUUAUUCAAAGGGCUCGCACUGCCUAGAUAAUUUAAAGGAUCUGCUGAGAUUUCUCAGGCGCGAUGACCCACAGACGAGAGAGGUUUUCAAGCAAGUCUGCAAAUGGAACUGCGUGUCCAAAGACUUGAUACCCAUUUUAGAGCAUUGCCAAGACGAUCGCAGCUUGGUUUUGAACACUGUGAAGGUCUUGGUGUUUCUCACAAUGCCCAUUGAGCCCACGUCCUCUGAUAUUGCGCUACAGAUCGAGUAUUUAUGGGAUCUUAAAUCUGCAAUUUCUAUGAGCGAUACAGUUGCAGUUAUUAUUUCGCUGCUUGAGAGCCCGCUGGAAAACUUGGAAAGUGAAGUAUUCACAGAGGAUGACUGGAAGUUAGUGCAGCUCGUUCUUACUUUAUUUCGAAACCUACUGGCCAUCCAGGACAUUUCAGCACUUCAGAAGGCUGCUGGAUUUGCCACUCAAAUAUUGUCACUUCGAGACAGAUUUUUGGAGCUUCUGUUCCGUGAAAAUGUGAUGGAUCUAUUUUUACUCGUAGCUCAGCAUGUUGGUGGUUCUUCCAACUACCUUCAUCAAGAUAAUUGGCUUUUGCUGGAAAUCUUUUACUAUAUAUUUAAAGGCCAAGAUCCUGAGUUGGUCGCAAAAGCACAUCUGAAUAGUCUCAAGGAUGCGGAAGCCAAAACUUCCUUGAGUGGCCUCAAAUCGAUUAUUGAAGAGGAGAAGGACAAAAGGAGGCUUUCCAGGAUACAAUAUGGCGGCCGCUAUUCACAUUUUUCUGGGACAUUUGAGCGAUUUACCAUGGAUGGUUCCAAAGCAGUUCUUAAAGGGCCUAAUUCUGCUUCACUUGAUGUAUACUCUAAAUCUGAUAAGUUCUGUCGGGGUCCAAUGAAAAAGAUCGUAUGGGACCAGGGGAGAAUACCGACAACAACUGAUAACAUUUUAAAGUUGCUUCAUGGUUUCUUGAAUCAGUUUCUAUCUGGGGCUUACAAUGUUUUGAUGCAGUCAGUUCGUGAGGAUAUUGAGAGGGAACAACUUAAUAUUCAGAGAAAUGAUGUAGUGUACUUCUUUGAGGCUGCAAAAUUUGUCACUUCUUUUCAAUAUCACAAAUUUUUGGCAUCCAAGCCUGAUGCAGAGAUGGGCAGUUCCCUAUCUAGUUGUAUCAAUGAAGACAGCAGCCUAUUUAGUGGUGAUAUAUGUGGGCCAAUUGCUGCAUCAAUGAAUGAAUCGAUGUUUCUGAUGGUUAUUUCAAAGUGGCGUGAUGCCUUUGAUGGAUUAAAGGAAUCAAAAGACUACAAGUUUUUAUCAGCAGCAGGAUCUCUUCUGAAAGCUAUGAUUUGGACACUAGAUUUGGUGCUUAAAUUAUUGCCAGAAAAUUCGAGGGAGCCUCAGACUGCUCGGGUUCUUCUUUACAAGUUAUUUUAUGAUCAGACUGAUCAAGGAAUGACUCAUUUCCUUCUCAAUCUUGUCAAAUCGUUCGAUGUUCACAAGCAACCUAGAAGUGAUCUUGCAGAUUUGGUAGAAGUGAUUCACACAAUCACGCAGUUGAUGGAGAGACUUCAAGAUCGCGGAACACUAAGGGUUACCAGAAAAUCCAGAAAGAGGAGAACGGGGAAAAGAGUUACUGACAAAGUAGAAGCAGAGAUGGACCCUUCGGCAGAUUGUCUUAUGGUUCAGAAUGAAAUUGCUAUAUCUAGUGGUGAAAAACUAGCUUCUGGAGACAAGUGUCACCAAGAUGGCCAAUUAGAUGCAGAUUCUAAUGGUGGGGAAACUGGUAUUUUUCUCGAUGCUGAUAUUUUAGAGAAACAUGGUGAAUCUACCAUGGAGCAACAGAAGACUGACAACAAUCUGCUAUGUUCAAGAAAAUCUGAUCCUCCUCACGAUCUUUGUUACAGUACUGGUGAUUCUUCUGGUGAUGAACAGAUUGUUCAAUAUGAUGAAGUUGAUUUUAAAGUGUCUACCGUAGUAUCAGCUUUUGCAAACAAUGACAUCAUUCAUAAUCUGUGUUGGUUAUUAAAGUUCUACAAGAGCAACUCUAUCAACACAAAUCACUAUAUACUAUCAAUUCUGAGUAGGAUUGCCGAUGAUCUCGAGCUUUCUCCAAUGCUAUAUCAGUUAUCACUCUUGACUAUAUUUCACGAAAUAUUGGUCGAGCAGAGGUCUUCUCCAAACAAGGAAUACACAGAAAUAGUGAACUUUUUGACCAACUUAGUCAGAAAAAUGCUACGGAAGAUGAAACAGCAACCCCUUCUUUUUGUGGAAGUGCUUUUCUGGAAGACCCGCAAAGAGUGUCAUCAUAUUAAUGCUGAAUAUUUAUUGCAUGAGGUCCGCAAGUUGAAGAAACAGAAUGGUUAUGGAGAAAUUGGUUCCAUGCAAACUACAGGAUGGGUUCGUCGGAGCAUAGCAGAUGCCUUGGGUGAAGAUGAAGCUGAUGUGGUGAUAAGUCACGACUUAGGGUACCAGAAAGACAAUGCAGACUCUGAUGAAUCACCAGAAAUCACCAGUUCACCCAUUGACGUUGAUGGGAAAGAGAAACUUGAAUGUGGAAAUUCCUUGGACCAUGACCGUGGCAAGGUUUCUAAAAGAAAGAGAAGACUCGUUCUUAGUCAUGAGCUAGACUCCAAAAUUAGAGAUCUCUAUGAAAGGUUCAAAGAUGAACAAAAAUGCAAUCAUCUGAUUGCGGAGGCUCUAGAUCCUGAUUGUAAAGUUUCACCUGCUCAAGUUGGUAACAAGCUUAAGCAACUAGGAUUGAGAACUGCCCGAAAGAACAGAAUGCCUCACAAUAAGGAAUCUACUUCAAGGCCCAGUCAGCCCGAGGAUGGGGAAGAUGCACAGGAAAGAGGGAGUUUGUCUCUCAAGUCACAGGAUUUGAUAGAUCAUUCAACGAGGCUACCUUUGCACGCAAGAAAAAGAGUACGUGCAUUAAGUGAAGAUCAGGAGGCAGCUAUUAGAGCUUUGUUCGAGAAGUUCAAGGAUCAUAAAAGGUGCAGCUAUAUGAUUGCGAACGCAUUGGAUGGUGAUAGAAUAUUCACACCUGCACAAAUUGCUCGUAAACUCAAACAACUCGGUUUACGUGUUCCCCGACAGAAAAAGGUUGAAGCCACCUUGCAUUUGAGAGAUGAGAAUCUUAGUGAUCAUUCUGCUGAUGAAACGCAGGAUUCGGACAAUGAGACAUUGCUAUCAUUGAGGCUGAGGGGAAGAAACAAGGAGAAUAAAAAACUCUUCAGCAGUAAAUUGCAGAGUGCAGAAAUUGAAGGAAGGUUGUCGGAAGAUGAUUCUGAUGACGAAACAUUGAGCUCUGUCAUGAAAAGUAGAAAACUCACCGCAUUGUCAAAGAUCAGGAGCUUUGAAAAUGAGAGCAUCAGAAUAACGUUGACAGAGGGGACAUUCUUGGACAGAGAGAGUGAUGGGGCAAUGGUUGAAAAUUCUGCAGAAGGGGAUGAACAAAACUGGCCCAUUAAUGUUAAAGCCAAGGGGGGUCAGAAUAGCGUUUUCUUGAACAUUUCAAACUCCAGGGGCACUUCUGAAGUUGAAAUAACUGGCAGCGUCAAUGACGAUCUUGGUUCACCCAUCAAACAAGCAAAUGAUGCACCGCCAGAGAAAAUGGAUACUGAGUUGGCAGAUUCAGGUGAUGACGUCCCCUCUACUGCUAUAGCCAAAAAGGCUAUUGGUGGGAGAAGAUUGAGGGUCGUGUUUGAUGAUGACGAGGAUUAGCAUAAUGGAAAUCAAGGUUUUGUUCCCUGGAACAUCGCAUUUUUCUGUAAAGGCUUUGAAUAAUUCUUCCAAUGGUUACGGUUGCCUUGCAAUGUACAUAAUAGUUGGGAUUUCUGUACACUUACAAUGCUACUUCACGUUUUCUGUUUAUCCAUCCUUCUCUUUUACCA